AAUACGCCAAGGUGCUUGGUCAAUAUGUUGUUUUCACGCUGGUUUGCGCUGUCCUUUUUUCCUCUUCGGGGAUUAUGCGUCCCUUAUUCAACAGAAUCCAUUCAGCGCAGACAAUCGGGCUCACUUGACUCGUCUGCCAUAUCACAGGUGUCGAUUGCCAAACGAGCACCAUCAUCUCUUGCCGAGCCUCGUGGACUUGAACCUCUCCGCUACAUCAAUACCACCCGCCUUCAAGUUGGCUACUAUGAAGACGGCCCAGCAGACGGCAAGGUUGUUCUUCUCCUGCACGGCUGGCCAUACGAUAUUCACAGCUACGCCGAGGUGGCUCCAGCAUUGGUCAAGCAAGGAUAUAGGGUCAUAGUCCCUUACCUUCGCGGUAAUGGUCCAACGACUUUUCUGCGGGCUGACACUUUCCGUUCUGGCGAGCAAGCUGCACUUGGCUAUGAUAUCAUUGAGCUCUUAGAUGCGCUCGAUAUCCCUUCAGCAAUCUUUGCCGGGUACGACUGGGGCGGUCGAGGUGCCUGCGUUGCAGCGGCUCUGUGGCCGGAGCGAUGUGACGGCCUUGUCUCCGUUAAUAGCUACCUUAUCCAAGAUCUAUCGAAAGCUUCGAUUCCUCUCGACGCCAAAAUCGAGGCCGGAUUUUGGUACUUCUACUACUUUCUUACUCCUCGCGGUGAAGCGGCCCUCGCAGAGCAUCCCAAGGAUAUUGCCCGAGUCGUUUGGGAUAAGAAUUCCCCACGAUGGAACUACACCGAGGCUGAUCUAAACCGGGCUGCUGAGACAUUUAUCAACCCCGAUUAUAUCUCGGUAGUCACCCACGUCUACAAACACCGCCUGCUUUAUGCACCAGGAGAUCCAGAUUAUGCGGAGUUUGAGAAGGCUCUCCUGGCUCAGCCACGUAUUUCUGUUCCUACGGUUACACUAGAUGGACUAGCAGACGGUAACUUCCCGCCUACGAACGGGUCGUCGUCUGCCCAGUAUUUCACUGGACCAAGGGUGCAUCACCAGGUGGCCGAUGCAGGCCAUAACCUACCACAAGAGAAGCCAAAAGAAUUCGUUGAUGCCGUACUUGAAGUGGCUAGUUUAGGAAAGUAG